AACUCGCGAAUAGCGCCGAUGCUGCGUGCUGUCUGUCGUUCGCGAUCGCGCUGUCAUUAGAUAACUUUUCCAUGUGAUUAUUGCGAAUCGGUUUGCGGUGCCCCGUCGUUCCUCACGUAUUGUGCUCGAAAAUAUCCAAACUAAAGAGUUGAUUUGUAAACAUUUAUACUCCAUUGUGAAUAACAAACAACCUAGUCUGUGUUGGCAAAGUGUGAAUUGAAACAAAAGUUUAUUCUUGCUGAAAAUCUCUUAAGCCGAAAAUAUUUUCACGUGAAUUCGAACGUCAUCUGCUCUAUACGGGAUUGUGAUAUGUGGUCGGCGCUGGUUGUGUGGUAGCAGUAAAAGUGUGGAUCGGAAGGUGUUGAUAGAAAAUCGCGUGUUCGGCGGAGGAAAUAAAUAAAAUUCAACCCAAGUAUUGUGUGGAAAAAUGUUCAUCUUUGCCGGAAUGCCCAGGGCCGACAGUGUCGCCUAGGGCUUUUGAAGCUGUUAAGUGAAUGUGACCCAACGUGAUAAAUCAUAGCGAACCAAUAGCAACCUACCUGAAGACGGUCUCGGUUCUGGCGCACCUACCAGAACCGAGAUAUUUUCACCUUUAGCAACCUGUAACGGUUAGGGUAUAUCGUGGAAGUGAAUUUGCUAUAUUUACUAGCUAUUAAAUUAAACCAUAUUUAAAAAAUGGAAUUUAAAAUACUUAACGUGUCGGCUGUUAGGACAGUACCAACUGCAACACACUUCACCAGUAUGGGGCGUGGUAAUAGCUAUGCAGCUGGGUUCCAGGCUUUUGCUGGAGAAAGGAUAAUUCGUAGUAUACCGUACAGCAUCCCCGCUGUCAGUCAUCACUACGGCAAUGCAUUUGCACCUGAUGGCGAAGAAGAAGAUGGAGCCGAAUCAGAAGAUGAUAGUAGUAGUCACAGGAUCAACUUGGCACAUCCGGUUGGCAUUGCCGAUGACAGUGAUGGGGAAUACUAUUAUGAAGAGGAAGUUGAUGAGGAUGUCGAAAUGUCACCAGCCAUCGAGGUUAUUUCCAUAGAUCCAAACUGUGAUUAUGAUUCGGAAGAAGAAGAAGAAAUACGGUGUGCUGCUGAGCGGAGGCUAACGACGACCGCGUUCGCCAUAGAACACUCUUUGGAACAGUCAUCGUCAGUGGUUGGUGAAACUGUCGUUGAAUGUGAUAACGCAGUAGUGGACGUGGAAACUGAUGUGAUAAAUGCUCUGGAAAACGAUAACAUUGAACCAGAGUUGCAAAAUAUUCAUUGCGAUUCGGAUGGGGAAGAUUCGGAUAGUAGUAGCAGUAGCGGCAGCAGUAGUAGUAAUAGUAGUAGCAAUAGUGCUAGUAGUAGCAGCAGCGACAGCAGCAGUGACAAUGAUAGCAGUGAUCGGAGUACAAGUAGUGCUUCUAGUACUGAUAGCGAAUCAACCUCAACAGCAUGCAGUCCUUCGGGAGAGUUUCACACUGAUCACAAAAAUGCAGAAGAGCUACAGAAAGCAAACGUUGCACGAGUUAUGGAACGUCGUAAAAUAAUGGCCAUCGAGCGCUCGAGGCGGAGAAAUAGCACUAACCGAAAAUCUUUUUCGCUCCCGCAAUCCCCGGUCGCGGCUGUUGACAGCAAUAAUUGGGCUCAUGAAGCGACGAGUCUCAGUUUCGAAGAUCUCGACGUGUCAGCAAUUGUGAGUGAGCUGAGUCCGUUGAAAGCUCCGGUACGUACAUGCAUGACUGAUGACAAGCUGAUAGAAGAGUUGGCUGAGAGAAAUUUUGAUCUGACUUCCUAUAUCACGGAAGAGGAUCCGACUGAUUCCUCAGCUUCGUUAGGCAAACCACAUGUGAACAGAAAAAACCUAGAGCAGCCCACGCAAUCGGAAAAUUCUCCUGUAAAAAAACAACCCAGAUCCCGCGGUAAGCAAAUAAAAAUUCUGCGUGAACUAAUGAUCUCUCCCAUGUCUAGUACUUACGAUUCGGGGGGAACACGCAGAAGUUGCACCAACAAAGCUCGCCGAAUAGUAGAAAAUACUGACUCGGAAUCGGAGGAGUCCGAAGCGGAAGCUGACAGUAGAGCUUGUGGGAAAAUUUUCGGUUUGGAGCAGCUGCCCGGAAAAGCAAAACGAAAGGAUGAUGACACCAAAGCCGACCCGACUUGGAAUCCUAACGUAACGAACGGUGUAAAAACUACAUACAAAUCAACAGUGCAGGGUCCAAAAUUAUCGACGGUGACAACAACAGUUACACCGGCUUCAACUGUUAAACCUGAAAAUAGUGAAGAAAAAUCAGUUAAAAAUAACGGGAGCAUCAAACGAACGAACAGUAUCGCCAACAACAAAACCAAGAUACGUAGCGCUGGAUCGCAAUUGGCACGCAAUAAAAUGCUUUCAUUGAUGUCGAAAAAUAAGUUACCAAGACAUCCUACCAAACAGAAACCCACUGGCAACAGUCAAUCCAAAUCAACGGGUAAAGUCCCGGAUGAUCAGGGCAGAAAGAAACCUCCAACAGCUUCGAACAUCAAGCUCGAUCAUGACUAUUGUUCACCGAAGAGAAAACCUAACACAAGCUCAUCCGCGUCAUCAGCAACACAGCGUAAAGCAAUUGAAAUUCCUUUCCUGCUACCUACAAUGGAUCAGAUGAAACAGAAAAAGAAACUCGCAAAAAGUGAGAAAAAACGGCAUGAUGUCCCUGAUAAAAAAGAUAAUACGGGUAACAACUGUGAUAAGAAAAGUAGUCCAAAAAAGGAGACUAAUGGACCAACUCAAGCAAAGGUUUAUUGCGAAACUGAAACUACUACUAACGUGGUUCGUGAAACCGAAACUACUACCACUCUGGCAUCUGUGGGGACUGAAGUUCUAGUAAAAGAUGAAGAAAAGGAACAUAUAGCAGUCACAGAUCCCCCCCUAGCACAUCCUCAACCUCCUAAACAAAUUUCGUUACUGAAAAUCAAUCAGAACAAACCGAAUGGAGUGCAAACUGUCGGAGCGACAUCAACCAGUGAGAUACCUAAGUCUGAAACACAAUCGAUCAAUGCAACCAGUAGUACCAGUAAUGAAUGUAUUGUUAAAAUAAAAAAGAAACUUAAUCUGCAGGAAUACAAAAAACGACGUGAACUACCAACAGAAGAUGUCACAGCACCAGCCGUAGCUGCUGUGGAAAGCAAUAGUAGCAUCAGUAGCAGCUCAACUAUCACUAGUACACCAACCAGUAAAGAAGAUUUGCUCGUGGGACUAAAGGACACUCAAGUGAGUGGACAGCAAUUAUUGUUAUUAAACGGUGCUGGUCGUCAAGCUAAUAUCAAAACACCACUUGAUCCAAUUUCGGCGGCUAAACUGAAAGCCCUGCGAAUGCAGCAACUCAAGAAAGAGGCGGCGAUCAAAUCAACCGAAGCAAAGACCAUUCCAAAGACUGUUUCCACCAUGGUUCCGCUCGCGGAGAUAACUUCGAUUAAAUUCGAUGAACAUGGGCAGCCUGUGCCCUAUGAUAAAAAUAUAGAGGAAAUUGGCGGCGAUUUAAAACUGCACGUGGACUAUGAGGAAAUUAUAAUCGUGUCAAUGGGGUGCAACACAGAAGUUUCCAUCAAUCCUAAGGAAUCAAACAAGGACACUGUAAACAUAAAAAAUUCAGCCUCCAACCUACCCGAGAAGAAUAUUGCCAGAAGUGAGCUUCUCUCAAACAUUACAGACACCAUAAAACGGUGUCAAUCUUCUGCCUCAACUAUUAUUUCCAGUAGUUCGUUGAUUUCCAGCAUUCACGAGAUGGUGAUAAAAAAGAAAUCUUGCGAUAAAAAUGGAUCGUUAGAAGAUCAAGCUAGCAAACAGUUCGUUACUGGCGGACAGGCCAAUCAGCAGGGAUCACCGAAUAUUGGUGUUUCUCCACCUAAUGCCUUCUCACCGGGUAAACCUGAGAAGGCAGCUGGCUCAUAUGAGCAAUCACCCUCGUUUGACUACGACGAGACACAAUUGCAGCAGUCAGUGGUAAACACUAAGCCAGUUGAACAUGGCGAGGACAAGAUCAUCAUGCAUUUACGCAAAGAUCGGCAGCGGCCCAUAUGUGUUUCGAUAGCUGUACAAACUUUAUCGCUGGAUCGGUUUCCAGAGCUAAAAAAACUAUCUCCUGUCAAAGUUAAGGAAAGAACUGUAUCCCGCAGCAGUUGUGGGUCAACUCAACGCAACUGUAAUCGCCAGGUGACGGAGAAGAAUCGCGACCGUUCUCACCGACAAUAUCGAAGACGUUACAGUAGGUGUUCCUCUUCGGAGUCGGAAGUGCGGAUAAGAUCUGCGAACUCACACCGAAGUAGAAACAAGCGAUCGUCGUCCCGACGAAGCCGUAGUCGGCGUAGCAGCUCUCGCCGGAGAUCCCAAUCGCGAUCCCGAUCCUAUCGGCGUCGUAGUCGCAGCAGUUCGCACCGUCGUCGAGACAGUGCUUCAUCGGAUAGGCGUUCACGCUACAGGAGGGAUCUCUCUCGCAGCCGUCGUGAGCAGAACAGCAGGAGACGAACAUAUCGCAGUGAGACUCCAAGCUAUUCCGACAGCAGUUUUUCGUCCUACUCUCGAUCGAGGUCCCGUUCGUCUAGGUCUCGUUCUUCGUCACGAUCGUCCUCCCGAGCGAGGACCCAGCUACGCAACGAAUUUCGCAGAGCAGGAGUUUCACCUGAACGUAAGAUUGUCUACGUAGGUCGUUUGGAACCAACGCUGAAGCGGGACGAUCUGAAACGAAAGUUCAUGCACUUUGGACGUAUUAAACAAGUAACACUUCACUACAAAGAGUCCGGUGCCAAAUACGGUUUCGUGACAUUCGAAAGGCCCGCUGAUGCAUAUAAAGCCAUUGAUGCAAGUGGAAGUGAUCCUAACCUGUGUGUGUACGACGUUAGCUUUGGAGGUCGUCGAGCAUUCUGCCGAACAGAAUACGCUGAUUUAGAUGGUGACCUCUCGCAUGAUCAGGAGCCUAUACCGUAUCUAGCCCCUGAUGGUACCUUUGUUUUGACGCCAAAUCCGCUUAACGUUCUUCCACGCAAGGACGAAGGUGAGUCGUUCGAGGAUAUGCUGAAGAAGUUGAAGAAGGAGAUUAUUUCCAAAAAGCCACGCAAAUCCUGACCGUGUACCAUCGAGGCAGACCCUCGCUUUGGCCACUGCCACACUGCCGAUCCUAAAAUACGUCUUUUGGUUAUGCCUGCCGUUAACUCUCUGCGACUACAGGUAGUCGAUAGGUGAAGUUUUCGCUAAAUUGCGGACUUUGUUGGUGAACAUUUUUAUUUUAUUUGAGUUCGAGUUUAUUUAAUUUGAAACAUGCGUAAUUAGGAUGAUUUUUUUUGUUCAGAAUUUUCAGAUUUAUAAACCGGCAUCAGCAUAUUAACGCCCAUCAACAUUAUCUUCGAUUGCCCCAAAUGUGCCAUUUUUUAUAUAGCUGGUUACACUAAUAUAUUAAAAACAAAUGUUACAUCAACAAACUGUCGAUAGCAAUGUUUUGUAAUUUCAUGAAUUUCGCUAAUAUUGUACAUAUAUCAAACAAUUUUUUAAAUUUUCUCCCCAAAAUGGUACGUUUGAAAUUGACUGGGAUUUCACCGUUAUUUUGUGCUGCAUAGAAAUGUGUCAAUAAAGCCUACACUACUUUGGAGAGAUGGAACCAGAGAUAUAAGGAGAACCCAAGGGAGAACCUCAAAAAAAUGAAAAUUUGAUGUUUGGUUAAUAUUGCUGUUCGGUUUGAAAUUAUUUUUAUUCUUUCUCAAAUUUUCACUAAAGUACGGGUUCCAUCGAUAUCAGUUCGUUUUGUACAAUUCGUUUUGUAGCUACAGUGACUGGAGUUCGAAUAUGAUAUACGACGACUAAUUAAAGAUUCAUCUAAACAAUUUCGUAUUAAGUUUUUUGAUUUUGCUUAUUGUUCAUAUCGAUGAGUAGUAAUUGACUGUGUGUCGAUAAAUUUGUUGAAUUUCGGCAAAGAUCUAUCAAUCACGUUUUGAUCAAAAGGUGUUCCAUCAACAAAUUAAUUUAAUAGUUAAAAACAGUGAAACUACAUAUUUUUGAAUAGUUUGAAAAGGCAGUGUCAGCACACUUGGUUCGAGAUUUUAGCGGAUCAUCGAUGGAAGUUCAAUAGUCACAGAGAUACGUGACAACUAAUUAUGAGUUGUUGAAAGACUGGUUAUGACCUCUGUUAAACUAAUUCAACGAAAUUAGUGAAAACAUACAAUGAAAUAAUUUAGAAAAUAUUAAAAAAAAGAUUCUGCCAAACCUGAUUCGUUUCAAACGAUUUUUUUUCAUCUAAUUGACCCCAAUUAAUAAACAGACAGGCGUGGAAUAAUCGUGUUACAUAUAAACAAUAAAAAAAUACAUUAAAAAUCUGUGAUUUUUUAAACCUUAAAAAACAUUAUGUUUCGUUUUGACUUGAUGAAAUAUAAAUAUUCACUUCCACGGUUAUUAUAAGUGUAAUUAGAAAACUUACAUGCGCAUGCCAAUUAGUUUACCAUGUACUGCAUACAAAUGCUAAGUCGAUAGACCGCAAAAUGUUCUAGACUAGACUCUAGAAGACGAUAUAUUUUCAAUAGAUAUUUUGCUUCAAUUUUUUUUUCGUAGCGUACGUUUAGUUUAACAAAUUUGAUAAUUUGCUGAGUUUUGUAGUUUAAA